AUUUCGUAAAAUAUAUUGUCUAAAAUAAAAUAAUGGCUCUUUCUCCUGCUAGCGGCACAGGAAAAUUUUAUAAAUUAUCAGCUAAAAUUAUAAGAUUUGCUAGACACGGUUGCACAAAUAGACCGUUCUUUCACAUAGUCGUAACUGAGAGGCGAAGAGAUCAACAUCAGCCAGUUAUUGAACAGGUAGGAACGUAUGACCCCUUACCAAAUCAAUAUAAUGAAAAAUUGGUUUCAUUUAAUUUUGAAAGAAUUCGAUACUGGCUGGGGAGCGGGGCGCAUUUAUCUGAACCAGUUGCAGAACUUUUAGGCUUAUCUGGGUAUUACCCAAUUCAUCCCAGAACAUAUAUGACAGCGUGGAGAAACAGAAAAUUAAAUGCGCAAUCAAAAGAAGAAAAUGAUAGCGCUGCACAAACAAAGGUGUAAUUAAAAUGUUUAAAGCA